AUGAAUUUAUCGUAUCAGGAUCCGGCUCAUGUUGCAAGUUUUGGUGGUGUUGAAGCUUUACAUCGUGCUGCAGGAGGUAAAGUUUCCAGGAAAGAGAUUCAAACAUGGUUAGAGGGAAUAGAUGCGUACACGCUUCACAAGCCGAUUCGCCGAAAAUUUCCAACGAAUAGAGUAAUCGUGUAUUCUAUAGAUCAACAAUGGCAAGCUGAUUUAGUGGAUGUUUCACAUUUACGUGAUCAUAAUGAUGGUUAUCGAUAUAUAUUAACCUGUAUUGACAUAUUAUCCAAAUAUGCAUGGGCUAUUCCUCUGAAACAAAAGAGAGGAGAAGAUAUUGUGAAAGCGUUUCAAAAAAUAAUGAGUCAACAUGUCUUGGACAAAUUAAUAGAAAGUUAUAAUGCUACUUUUCAUUCAAGUAUAAAGCGAGCUCCCAUAGAAGUCAAUUCAGAAAAUGAGAGUGAUGUAUGGUUUACCUUGUAUGAAGAUCAUCCUUCUAACGUUUCUAAAUGUAUAUUCGCUGUAGGAGAUGUGGUACGUGUUUCCAAACUAAAGCUUACUUUCGAAAAAGGCUAUGAAACCAAUUGGACGGAAGAACUAUUUGUGGUGACAGAGAGUGUGUUAAAAGACAUCCAGCCUGUGUAUAGAAUUAAAGAUUUACUUGGAGACUCAGUAAAAGGAACGUUUUAUGCACAAGAGUUGCAGAAAGUGAGACUGAAAGAGGAAUAUCGCAUUGAAAAAAUUUUAAAGAAACGUAUGCGUAAGAAACAGACAGAAUACUUUGUAAAAUAUCGCGGUUAUCCCGACAAAUUCAAUCAAUGGAUUCCAGCUUCUAAUUUACUCUCGAUAUAA